AUGCAAUAUUUUGUUGUUCUUUUAUUUGUCGAGGCAUUUGCAUAUACUUUCUAUGACGAUUUUUCAAAGUAUGAAGCGGAGAGUUUUUUGACUUCGUAUUACAACUCUUCCAAUGUAAAUUUCAUGACUAAAACAGUCUUCUCAAAAGUCGUUUACCAGCUCUCUGGUAAAAGCACAUUUGUGUGUUACUCGACUCCAAAGACAAUCAAAUACAUAAGUAUUGGAUCUGCUUCUGCAAUUAUUGAGCCUGUUGAAAAUUUUAUGCCGGGUACCAGUUACGGAGUGACGGGGUUGGCACUUCUUGCUACGCCUAGUCAAUACUGGUCGCUCAAUUUAGUCGUCCAGCCCGAGUCAAACAAUUAUAAGCACUCUGCUGAACUUGGCUUGAUUUAUAACAACAGUUGGCCUAUCCAAGGAAAAUAUGUUUCAAAAUCACAUUAUUAUGUCAAAAAAGACUGGUCUUGGGCGUUUAACACAAAAUACAAUAUGACUAUUUCUAUAGAUAGAACGAUGAUAUCUGGAUUGAUCUUUUCCGAGGCAAAAGAACUUCUAUAUAACGCCACUUUCUUGUUCAAUGCAACUGAAUCGUAUUUUCCGGGAGCACCAACAUUCAAAGCGAAUGGUGUGAAGACGAAUUAUUAUAAAAUUAGUGCAGGUGCAUCUGAGUUUUCUGAUAAGACAUACAAAGUGUUUCCAAAAUAUGACGCGCGUUUGGGGUGUGACUAUCCACCACAACAAGAAGCCACUGGCUUCUUCCGUGUAUCAAAAAACAAUGUAGACAAGAAGUGGUGGUUCUACGAUCCGAAUGGGUAUCCUUACUUUAUUAUAGGUGCAAAUUCAAUUAACCCAUAUGAUGGGUACGACUAUGUUUUAGAUUAUGAAGAAUGGUACCAAGUCCAAACAGAUCGACUCAAAAGUUGGGGCUUCAACGCCCUUCCUAACUGGGUUGAUACAAAGAUGUUCCACAGAGGUCUUCCUCACUCGACAAACCAUGACUCUUCAGUCUUUAUUGUCAACUUUGAUUACAUCAUACCCAAACAAUCAUGGACGGGAUUUCCAAAUGUUUUCAGUGAUUUGUGGAAACCCUACUUAGAGAUAACUUUGAGAGAUGUUGAAGAGAACAAGAAUGAUUCCUGGAUCAUCGGACACUUUUUUGAUAACGAAAUGGAGUGGUGGGGAAAGACUGAAGAACGCGGUACUGAGAAAGGUGAUUGGAAUUUGUUUAACUCCACUUGGCUCUUACCAAAGAAUCACACUGCAAAAAUAGCUGCAUCGAAAAUUAUAGAAAAGUAUUUAAAAGAGAAGAACAGACUCAAUGAUAUAACAAAUUGCUUUGAAGAAUAUUUUGGUGUCAAAAAUAUCAAUUCGAUAAACGACUAUUUGGACAGUUAUAAAGGAGGAAUUGUCUGGAGUACUGAGGGGAAGGAGAUUGGGGCACUUUAUAUGAAAGAAGUUGCCGAGAGGUAUUUUAGUGCCAUCAAAGAGACUUUCCAGAAGUAUGACAAAAAUCACUUGUAUUUCUGCACACGAUUUCCUGGAUCUUCCCCAUCCAUAGGAGAGAUUGUUAAUAAGUAUUGUGACAUCAACACAUUCAACAUAUACCCAUUCGUCUCUCCUAUCAGUGGAGUGCCUGAUAGCACUAUCAAAAGUGUCAGAAAGAUAUCAAACUUUGCACCCGAUAUUCCAUUGAUGGUGACUGAAUGGAGCUUCCCAGCACUCGAUGCCGGGUUACCGAGUCAAGUCGGAGCAGGCACACGUGUGGACAACCAAGUCCAGAAGUCAAAUGCAGUUAAAUUCUUCAUGGCGCAAUUAAUGAAUAUGGAGAAUGUCAUUGGUGCUCAUUAUUUCAGAUAUUUGGACCAAUCACAACAUGGAAAUGCCGAGACCUUCCAAGAAAACUCGAAUUAUGGACUUGUCAAUGGAACGGAUUACCCUUACGAUUUGCUGACCAAAACACUGAAAGAAGUCAAUGAAAAUUACUGUAGAAGAAGACUUGGGAAUUUCUCGUAUAACGACUAUCUUCCAAACAAAGAGGUUUUAUAUGCAAAUACAGUGAAAAAAGAGUUCACUUUUAAUGCAACCAAACAAGAGGUGUUACACUUUAACUCGAAGAUAAAAACGCGACUUUUAUGUACAAAAACAAUCGAAUCGGGAGUUUUGAUUGUUGAGAGUGACAAGACGGUUGAGUUGUAUUAUCAAACAGAUAAUAAUCACAAUAAAACGAUGGAAGUCUGCUUCAUCUUACCCAAAGGAAGUGUUUCAGACAGUACAGUGAACCCUUUUAUGGCUGUUCGAAUUACAUAUAUAACUGACAAACUGUCAUUGAGUUCUGAAAUAGUGAAUUAUAGAGUUGUCUCUGUUAAUGUGCUCAUUAACAUGAAGGACUUUGGAAGCGAGGCGGUGUGUGGAGAGACAUCUGGAAAUUACAAUUAUUGGAAACCAGAAGAAUAUGUUAAUGUACCGAAAUUGAAUGUUGGUAUGGGUGUGUGGGCGUUCCCAGAUGCCAUUAGAAUUGACAAAAAUUAUGGGAUGAGUGUCACUAUUGGCCAAUCGUUCGGUGUAGACGAAUUAAUGGACGAAAACGGGAGUUUCGCCCCAAACAAAUUUGACUUGAAAAAAGAACCAAAUCUUGUGUUUUUCCCAUUUGAGUCAAAUUGUUCAAUGGGUGGAUAUGGGUGUUACAAUCAAAUCUUGAUAUUAUCAUGA